UCAGGCUUCCUAACCAAAGAAGCCGCGAAAAACUCCAUAAAUUUCAGCAGUUUCUUUCUCUUCAAUCCCGCAACUAUGAGUUACGUGUUGCAUUGAACACCCUAUUCAAUCCAAUCUCCAAAACACAGAGACAGACACAGAUUCAACUCUGUUUCCUCCAAAAACCACCCCCAAAAAAUAGGAAAUCCCAAGAGAAAAUGGGGAUCGAUUUCUUACGAAACAUCGCCAAACGAACAAUCCUUCGUCUUCCCAAACGUCGUUUAGCUUCCAAUUCGGGUUUUUGGAACGAAUCCCUAUGUCUUUCAUACCAACAACAGUGUAGAGACUACAUUCGUUUUCAUUGCCAAUCCGGCAAAACCAGGGUUUCCGAAAUUUCUCGGCCGGCAUAUUCAUCGUAUUUGUAUAGUUCAUAUUCAUCAUUGUCUUCUCCGUCUAAUCCGAGGAUGGGUUUUCUUUCGUGGUAUCUGGGAAUGCUCGAGUCACGCCCUGUUCUUACAAAAAGCGUCUCAGCUUGUCUAAUUUACGCAGCUGCCGAUUUGACGUCUCAGAUGAUUACAAUGCCACCUUCUGGUUCUUUUGACUCAAUACGGACGUUACGCAUGGCGGGCUAUGGACUGCUUAUCUUAGGGCCGGCGCAACAUUUGUGGUUCAAUUUCAUGGCAAGGGUCCUACCAAAACGAGAUGUAGUCACUACCUUGAAGAAGCUUUUUGGGGGGCAGCUCAUUUAUGGACCUACUGUUACUGGCAUUUUCUUCUCCUUCAAUGCAAUUCUACAAGGUGAAAGUGGGCUUGAGAUUGCUGCCAGAUUGAAGCGGGAUCUGCUUCCAACAUUGAUAAGUGGUCUUAUGUACUGGCCAAUUUGUGAUUUUUUCACUUACAAAAUUAUCCCUGUACAUUUACAGCCACUGAUGAAUAGUUCGUUCUCUUACGUGUGGACCAUAUAUUUGACAUAUAUGGCAAGCUUAACGAAAGCAGCUGCAGAUUAGUUUUGGAUUCUUUUACUUCUACACACCUCCGUAUUAUCUCUGAGGAUGUAGGAGAGCAGCAAAGUUCUGCAAGUUUAACUCUGCUGGUGGAGAGACCACAGAUUGCUGAAGUUAAUUGUUUGGUUAAGUUCAAAUUCAAUAGUUGCAGGUAACUACCUACUUUCAGUUCAGAGAAUCAUGACGGUGGUUCGAUAUUUGAUGUACCCAUUUUUUUCCAUGCAUUCUUUUUGUUUAUUUAUUCAUUUAUUGUUGGAAUAUAUAGGUCUGCUGGUUGUAUUAUGUUAACUUUAUCCAUACAGGGUAAUUGUG